AUGAAGUUGCCAGUGUCGACCGUCUUCGCGGCCACCUCACUCGGCCACCUGGCUGUCAAUGCCUUUGAGUACCCAGACUGCGUCAAUGGCCCCCUCGCGAACAACACUGUGUGCAACCCGAAAGCGCCGGCCGGCGAUCGGGCUGCUGCUCUCGUGGCGGCAAUGAACAUCAGCGAGAAGCUUGUCAACUUGGUCGAUCAGAGUCAAGGUGCCGCAAGACUUGGUUUGCCUCCGUAUGCGUGGUGGAGCGAAGCCCUCCAUGGGGUCGCUCGCUCCCCCGGGGUUUCCUUUGCAAACACUGGAGAUGAGUAUAGAAACGCCACUUCGUUCCCAAACCCGAUUGUCUUAUCGGCAGCAUUCGACGACGACCUGAUUUACCAGGUCGCGACUGUAAUCAGCACCGAAGCGCGCGCAUUCAGCAAUGCUGGCAGGGCAGGGCUGGAUUUCUGGACCCCGAACAUCAACCCGUACAAGGAUCCUCGAUGGGGACGGGGAUCUGAGACACCGGGUGAGGAUCCAUUCCGGAUCCAGGGAUAUGUGAAGUCGCUGCUCGCAGGACUCGAGGGUAAUGCGACAACCAGGAAGGUGAUCGCAACCUGCAAACAUUAUGCAGCAUACGACCUAGAGCGAUGGAAGGGCGUCGUGAGAUACGGCUUUGACGCAAUCGUCAGCUCCCAAGACCUGUCUGAGUACUAUCUCCCGCCAUUCCAGCAAUGCGCGAGGGACUCAAAAGUCGGCUCCAUCAUGUGCUCCUACAAUUCUCUAAACGGCACUCCGGCAUGCGCAGAUACGUAUCUGAUGAAGGACAUCCUGCGGGAUCACUGGGGUUGGACCGAAGGCGAUAACUUCAUCACCAGUGACUGCAAUGCCAUCCAGGACUUCCUACCAGCAAACCACAACUUUAGCCAGACUGCCGCUGAGGGAGCAGCAGCGGCGUACAACUCCGGCACAGACACCGUCUGCGAGGUCCCGGGUUAUCCCCCUUUCACAGAUGUCGCCGGGGCAUACAACCAGUCGCUUCUGACAGAGGAAACGAUUGACGUAGCGCUCAAGCGUUUGUACCGGGGCCUCGUAAAAGCUGGAUAUUUUGAUCCCGCCGCCGAGGACCCGUACCGGUCCAUUUCGUGGUCCGACGUCAACACCGAGGCAGCCCAGGCACUGGCCCUCCAAUCUGCAGUGGACGGCAUCGUAUUGCUCAAGAACGACGGGACCUUGCCCAUCAAGUUUGGCAACAGGAGCGUAGCCUUGAUCGGACAUUGGGCCGACGCAACCUGGCAAAUGCUGGGCGGAUACAGCGGAAUUCCGCCAUACUUUCACAAUCCAGUCUUUGCGGCACAGCAGCUCAACCUGACCUAUUUCCAAGCCAACGGACCCGUCGCACAGACGGACAGCGUAGACGACACCUGGACCACCGCCGCCCUGGACGCGGCCGACAAAGCGGACGUGCUGCUUUACUUUGGCGGGAACGACCAGACAAUCGCAGCCGAGGACCGAGAUCGCGAGUCCAUCGCGUGGCCUGAGGCGCAGCUGACGCUUCUCGGCAAGCUCGCCCUGCUCGGAAAGCCCCUCGUGGUGGUCCAGCUCGGCGACCAGAACGACGACACGCCACUGCUCGAGAACAAGAACGUGUCGGCCAUCCUCUGGGCCGGCUUCCCGGGGCAGUCUGGCGGCACCGCCGUUCUUGAUAUCAUCACGGGCAAGAGCGCCCCGGCGGGCCGACUACCCGUGACCCAGUACCCUGCCUCGUACGCCGACGCCGUGCCCAUGACCGAUAUGACCCUCCGCCCCGGCCCGCCGGGCGGCAGUCCGGGGCGCACGUACAGGUGGUUCGACGCCCCCGUGCUACCGUUCGGCCACGGGCUGCACUACACCGACUUCGACGCCUCGUUCAAGCCUGGCGGCAACGUUCCCGGUUCCGGCUCCGGCUCCGCCCCAGCCAACGGCAGCACCAUCGCCAUCGCAGAUCUCCUCGCGUCCUGCGACGCGCCGCACCGCGACCUCUGCACCCUCAGCGGCGACGGGCCCGUCGUCGAGGUGCACAACCGCGGCAGCCGGACGACGUCCGACUUCGUGGCGCUGGCGUUCCUGGCGGGCGGCGACUACGGGCCCGAGCCGCGGCCGCUCAAGACGCUGGCGGCGUACGGGCGCGCGCGCGGGGUCCGGCCGGGCGAGAAGGUAGAGCUGGUCCUGCCGCCGCUGGGGCUGGGGGCGCUGGCGCGGGCGGACGGCGCGGGAAACGCGGUGCUGUACCCGGGGAUGUAUAGGCUCGUGCUGGAUGUGCCGGCGCGGAGCGAGCUGUGGUUUGAGCUGACGGGGGAGGAGGUUGUGUUGGAUGAGUUUCCGCAGCCGAAGGGGGGCCGGGGCUGA